AUGAAGGAAGGAAGUGUUUCACAAAUGAAAGUGGAAAUAAAUGUUGAAAUUAAAUUACUAACUGGGCGCAUUCGAGAAAAAGAUUUGCGAAACAAGUACGCAGUGGCUGGUACACUGAACAACAAAGGCUAUAAGCCGAUGAGUGACGAUACUCCUGAAGGACAGUGGAGAAAGCUGAAAGAAGUAUUAUACCCGGCCAAGUACAAGUUUCCUAAGAAGGAUAUUUGUAUUGUGGUAUGA